AUUUCUUCCAAUAUGGAUUUCCCAUUCUGCCAGACCACCCACUGCCCUAACGAAGCCUUGUUCUUCCUCCCGGACAAGCGCCAGUACAUUUGCCUGCUCCAUAAGGGAGCUCAAGCGGAAGACCCAGAGGAUGGAGAGUGCUUUGAUCAGGAAGCUGUUAGACUUGUGUCUAAAGAGGAAAUUAAGAUGUUACUCAGUGUGAUCAAGAGGUGUAGGAAGGAGCUGCAGCUAGCUUUACAAAAGCAAGGAGAUCUAGCUCCAGAAGAGGAAUUUAGCGCUCUUGACAGUACAAUAGAGGAAAUGUCGAGUACUAUUAUAAUGAAACUUGAAGACGCGAUUAGAGAAGAUAAAUUCUAUGAAUUUGGAGAUUUGCUCGAAGAGACCAAGUGUCUUGAAGAUCUUAUCAAGAACGAUAGACUAUUCUUGAAAUACUCAAGCUGGAAGGCUUGGAACGAAGCAGUUCGUGUCGUUGAAGGCAACCCGGACAAGAGUGAUGCGCUAGCGCUGAUACAACUUGAGAAGAAAUAUAAAAAGAGACUUUCAACAACAGUGGAUCUACUAAAAGGCCAAAGACAAGCUAUUGAGAGGAGGAAAGACAAAGAGAUAGACAAGCUGUCUUCCAAGUUAGUCAAAAAGAGGAAGAAAGUAAAAGACCUCAAGGCUGAGAUAGACCAACUCAAGAGGACUCACCUUAAAGAAAUGAGAGGCAGAAGACAAGAGUGUAGAGCUAAGAUACGAGAAGUUAAAGACUUUCAUAGAGAAGAACUUAAAGAAAAAGAAAAACUUCAGAACAAAGCUAUCCAAAGAUUGAAGGGAAAUUUAAAUCACAUUGAAGAAGAAAGCAAACACAAGAGCGGCAAGAUUAAUGAUCUGGAUGACCAGAUAUUUAAGCUGUCGAAAUCUAUGGAGAAACUUCGGGAGACUAAUGAGAAAAUUAAAGCAGAAUGGGGUCCUCCCAUUGAGGAAUACUCUGAUAAAGAGUUUUCCUUACUAUGAAGGCCAGUAAACUCAAAAUUCCUGCACAGCGAUUACCCAAAAUCAAACUUAAAGAGCCAAGUGAAUUGGUUGAGUCUGUCCCUUGAUAAAACGAAGCACUUAAGACUAGUUGUUAAUCUCUCCAAGCGGAUCCCCGAUCUGAACAGAAUAGACAUAGGCAAUGUGUCCAGUGCUCAUAAAUGGAGUGUCAAAGAGUUCAUGAACAGGUUCUUUCCCAAGAAAGUCGGCGUCUUCUGAUUCAAUAUAAACUCAGACUUGAGCCCCAUCGAUGACUACAUGGAUGAAUUGAUAAAAAUAAGCGAUAAUGUCAAGGAAGAGCUCAAUAUUUAUAAUUUUGAAAUCCCUCAACAUCACUUGGUGACUCUCCUCUCAAGGAACAAGUCUAAAGAAAGAUUCAGAUUCUUCAACUGUAAGCUAAAUCUUACCUUCGUCCCUAAUUUCUCGAAGGCAUUGAAAGGUUGUGCUCUCAAGAGACUUGACUUCGACUGCUGAGGAGAUGCCUCAAGAGGAAACUGGGAGCAUAACAGGCUUCAUUUUGAUAACUUGAUCCAAGGCCUUGGCCAAUGUGGGGAUUUAAGAAAAAGCCUCAAAGAGCUAGUGGUCACCAAUUGUGGGAUGCAGGAUCGUGAGGUUACAGCAACACUCGAAAGAUAUGGAUUUAUGGAUGUUGAGGUCUGGAGUGUCAUGUAAAGCCAAAACGAAUGAUCAAUACAAAUAC